AUGAGCAUCGAUGCAACAGAAGAAAGAAUAGAGUUUGGCCCCGCAAGGCUUAUAAACCACUCGAGAAAAAACCCUAAUCUAAAACCCAAAGCUGAAGCCGUCGAUGGAGACGCCAAUGAUCUCCGCCUCUUCUUCGUGGCGCUGAGAGACAUACACGAAGGGGAGGAGCUGCUUGUAGAUUAUGGGGAGAGGGACCCAGAAGCCCUGAAGCAAAACCCCUGGCUUAAUGAGUAG